AUGAAGUCUCUUGCAUCCGCCGUGGCCUUGCCGUGCCUCUUCCUCGGUGCUUUGGCGAAACCGACUCCCCGUCCGGCCCCAGCGGAGGUCAUUCCCACCAACGAUGACGCAUCAGACGCGCAGUGGGACAUCUGCGGCAGGAUCGUCACUGCGGCAAAUGAGGGCCAAUAUGUUUUCUACGCCCGAGACGCCAUCCGGUGUUUGACCAGCGUGCCCUUCAACGCGGCCGUGGCCAGUCGGUUCAUCGAGUACUACAACACCACGAUCCAGUUCCACAGCACAUUAGCAUACCUGAAGGACCCUCCGGAAGGCUACCAGCAGCCGGCCAUAGACGUCGUGGCCGGUCUGCAGCAGAUCCAACAGAACAUCGACAGCGGCAAGUACAAAAACCAGUAUGCCUUCGAAGCCGAGAUGCAGGCGCUCGUGUACUCGAUGCACGACAUGCACGUCGAUCUCAACUCUGGAGUCCUCGCCGCCUUCUCGUUUGCAAGCCCUUACUACAUCACCGCUGCGUCGGUCGACGGCAAGGCCGACCCGCAGAUCUAUCUCUGGGAUGACGUUUGGGAGCGCCAACCGGGGGGCACCGAGCCUGGUGCAAUCGCCACAAUCAACGGACGGGACGUGAUCGAAGUGUUGACCGAGUUCGCCGCACUCAACUCGCAAGGAACGCUGGAGCCCAACGCGGACUGGAACCAGCUCUUCUCCAACCCCGCCCAGGACAUCCAGGGUACGUUGAACGUCUUCAGCGGCGGUGCAACAUUCUAUCCUGGCGACGAGCUCGAGUUCGUGUUCAAGAACGGCAGCAACAUCACGACGAACUGGCUUGCCAUAUACAACAGCGUGGAUGACACGGGCCCGCUGACUACGGGUGGCGAUUUCUACAACUACUUCGUCCUCGGACAAUACCCCCAGGCCUACUACGACGAGCUCGAGGCGGCACAGAAUGCCACUUCGGCCAACGACACCACCUCGGAUUCCAACACGGACGACUCGUCUUCGGACGACACCAGCUCUGAUGACACGUCCUCAUCCGACUCGCCCGAAAACACGUCCUGGAACUUCGAGAGCUACGGGGCCUAUCCCGACAACCCGGACAUUGUGCAGCCGGACCUGUCGAUCGCGGGCGGCGGCGUUGUCACGGGCUACUUCUUCAACGAGUCGUCGACGGCGGUGCUCAGCAUCCCCACGUUCGACCAGUACGGCGACAACAUCGGCAACUUCGACACGACCGUGGGCGACUUCGUGGCCAACGCCACGGCCCGCAACCUCACGCGGUGCGUCAUCGACCUGCAGCAGAACUCGGGCGGGCUCACGCUGCUGGCCUUCAUCACCUUCGCGUGGUUCUUCCCGCAGACGACGCCGUUCCACGGCAGCCGGCGGCGGUCGUUCGGGCUGGCCAACUCGCUCGGCCAGUUCACCACCGACUUCUGGAGCUCGCUGCAGCCGGGCACGACCGACUACGACGACUGGUACGACAGCCUGGCGUCGGACGAGUGGGUGGUGACGGACCGGCUCAACGCCGACACGGGCGAGAACUUCACCUCCUGGGCCGACUUCUACGGCCCGCGCGCCUACCACGGCGACGACUUCUCGCUGACGGAGCAGUACAACCUGUCCAGCCCCGUCUUCGCCGACACGGCCUUCAACGGCUGGUACCUCGACCCGGAGCAGUGGGGCGAAGCCCCCUGGCGGCCCGACCAGAUCGUGCUCCUCACCGACGGCACCUGCUCCUCGACCUGCGCCCUCUUCGUCGAGCUCAUGACCAGCCAGAUCGGCGUGCGCACCAUCGCCGUCGGCGGCCGCCCCGGCCAAGGGCCCAUGCAAGCCGCCGCCGGCAGCCGCGGCGCCCUGCUCUACACGGCCAGCGACAUCGACGUCGACAUCGACUGGGUCAACGGCCGCAUGGACCUCAACGACAACCCGUCCAACGAGUCCGCCUACGCGAACCUGCGCCCCCUGCGCGAGCGCGACUCGGGCAUGUGGGUGUCGUACGCCGGCGUCAACCUGCGCGACCAGAUCCGCGAGGCCGACACCACGCCGCUGCAGUUCAAGUACGAAGCCGCCCACUGCCGCCUCUACUACACGCUCGACAACGUGUGGAACCUCACGCGUCUCUGGCACGACGCCACCGCCGCCACCUUUGACGAUUCCACCGCCCUCUGCGUCGCCAACUCGACCGGCUACGCCUCCACCAGCUCCGUCUCCACCGCCGCCCCGCCCCCCACCCUCAACCUCACCGUCCCCACCAUCAACGACGCCUUCCUCUCCAACACGGCCACCUACGUCCUCGAGCAAGGCUUAAACUCGUCCUCCGACGCCGGCAACCACGACCUCGUCGCCGGCACCGCCCGCGUCUCGUCCUCGUCCAUGCAGCUCUGCACCUCGGCCGGCAAGUGCCCGACCGGCCUCACCGGCACGUGCCAGGACGUCAAGAUCCAGUGCCCCGGCGCGACCGAAGCCGUCGUCCGCAGCGUGUGCAUGACGCGGUGCUCGAGCGUCAACGGCGACGCCGACUGCAGCGCGCAGGGGACGGGGUGCACGGGGCUGGAUUCGGGCAGGAAGGAGGACCAGGUGAGCUCGACGAGCGCGAGUGGCGGGAGCGGAGGGGGCAGUUUGGCGAAGCAGUUCAAUCGGAAUGUCGGGAGGGGGUAUUGCAAGCCGAAGAUCACGCCGGUGAAGGGGGCGGGCGUCGUCAAGGCGUUGGCGUGUCCGAAGUGA